GUAGAACACAACCGCUCGCCGACUGACCAGUCGUGAAGCCGAAAGCUCCACGGCGAUGGCAACGACUGAACUGGCGCUUCGAAAGAUCGGUGAUGACUACGAUGGCGGCGAUUGCGAUGAUGGCGAGGAUGGCGACAAUGGCUCGGAAGGCGACGAUGGUGAACACGACGACGACGGCGACGACGGUGACGAUGGCGAUGCAGAAGAAAAGCACGCGGCGCAGUCCACGACGAUCGUGCUGACGAUGGUGAUGAUGGCGGCGAUCGCUCUGACAAUGGCGAUGAUGGCGAUGAAGAUGACAAUGGAGGUGAUGAAGACCGAAAGCUACGAUGACGAGGAUGGCAGCGAUGGCGACGUCGUGUUGUCGACUCAACGACAAUCACUUGCACAUUUCGCGGCGGGAUGAGGGCGGUCGACUUCGCGCGCAAGGCGGCG